GAGAAUUCAUUUGAUAUAACUAUAUUUUUUACAUACAAUUAUUAUCAGUUUUAUAGUGUAAGUUUUAUAUUUCAUGUAACUUCUUAACAAAUGUAUGAAAUUCAUGAUACAUAUGCAAUGAAACCCGACCCUAUUUUAUAUUCUCCGGUCAUCAUCUCUCGCUUAGAGUCAGUGAUAGCUGGGCGUCUGUCAUCAUAACAUUGUGUCCGUGAGCACCAUUUAAACAUUCAUAAAUAGUUGCAAUGAGCUGGACUCGUGUGGUUGCCAUAACGGGAUGCGACAGCGGCCUUGGCUGGGCUCUCGCAGCCCGUUUGGCGCGAGAGGGUCUAGUUACUGUGGCAGGAAUGUACAAUGGAACCGAAUCUGAAGCUUCAUAUGCCCUAAAAAGUUUAUGCGCUCAUCCCCAUAAACUUGACGUGACGGACCCUGAAAGCAUUGCAAAAUUUUAUGGCUAUGUAAAACAUCUUCUAGAAAGAAAUCCGGAGUAUAAAUUGUACGCUUUGGUAAAUAAUGCUGGCGUGAUGACAAUAGCGGACUACGAAAUACAAACCCCUCACAUUAUUGAGAACACCAUUAACGUCAAUUUACUGGGGUCUAUGAGAAUGGCAUCUGCGUUUCUUCCUGAUCUCAGAAGAACUGCUACAGAGGGUUUUGUUAAACCACGUAUAAUCAACAUAGCUAGCCAUUGCGGCCUACAACCUUUGCCUAGGUUUGGACCAUACAGUGCGAGCAAAGCUGGGUUAUUGGCAUGGACGCGGUCACUACGUUUAGAACAUUCUGGAAGCGGCCUGACCGUUGCCGCCUUUGUACCUGGUGGUUUCGUGGGUGCCAGUAAUCUCAUGUUCACUCAAAAAUGCCAAGAAGAUGCUAUAUUAAAAAAUAUGACUGAAGAACAGAAGCCGAUCUACGAAUCGAAAAUAAUAACACUGAACAAUUACUUAUGCCAAAACACACAGAAAAGUAGAUUCGAUGCCCUGAAAGAUGAAAAUAUUAUAGAGACGUUUAUGAAAGUAGUACAUGCGGAUAAGCCGAAAUUAUUGUACAAGGUGGAGACUUGGCGAUAUAAAUUUUAUUAUGCUUUAAUGAAAAUUCCAUUUCCGGAACCGUUACAUUUAUGGAUUAUCAAGAAGUUCUUAAUAUUCCCUAAUUGAAACUAAUCAAUGUAUAAGGGAAGAACUGUUAUUAAGUAUUAUAUAACAUACUAGCUUUCCGCCCGCGGCUUCGCCCGCGCAGUCAAAGAAAAACCCGCAUAGUUCCCGUUCCCGUGGGGUUUCCGGGAUUGCGUCAUUUUCCCGGGAUAAAAAGUAGCCGAUGUCCUUUCUCUGGUAUCAAUAUAUCUCCAUACCAAAUUUCAUGAAAAUUGGUUCAGUAGUUUAGGCGUGAUUGAGUAA